AUGAUUAGUUUACGUGAUGUGUGUGGAUCAUUUGAAAGUCCUAUUGUUAUAAGUGAUGAUGUUCUUGAUGAAAGCAAUCGGUCUAUUGUCAAUGAGAGCUCUUUCGAUUCAUCCAAUUUAAAUGAAGAUGGAGAAUUUUGGGAUAUUGGUGAUCCUUCGUAUAUGUGUUCACAUUGUGGGGCAAUAUUUUGGUAUGAGGAACGUCUUGGCAAACCAAGUAAGCCUACUAAUCCAAGAUAUUCGGGUUGCCGUAUGAAUGGAAACAUUGAGAUUCCUAAAUUGACUUCUCCACCUGACGUUUUGCACCAAUUAAUGUUCUCUAAUGACGCCAAAAGUAGUCACUAUUUGAAAAAUAUUCGUUCAUAUAAUUCGAUGUUUGGGUUUACCUCCAUGGGAGGUAAAGUUGAUAAUAGUGUGAACACCGGUGGUGGUCCUCCUAUAUUUCGUUUACACGGGCAAAAUUACCACUUAAUUGGCAGUUUACUACCAUUAGAUGGUUGCGAACCGAAGUUUGCCCAGUUAUAUGUGUAUGAUACGGACAAUGAGAUCAAUUACAGAAUAACGUCCGUGAGGCAAAGGGAUGCUGUGAAUAAUCUUCAUUCAGAGAUUGUUAGUGAUUUGCAACAUAUGUUGGAUGAAGAAAAUGUGUUAGUAAAGUCUUUUCGUAUGGCCAAAGAAAAGAUUGGGCAUGAAAAUCAACCCAAUGUAAGUUUGAGGUUGCUUGGUAAGAGAGGUAGGGAUGGAAGAACUCAUAACCUACCUUCUGUUUCUGAGGUUGCUAUGCUUGUCGUUGGGGAUUUUGAUGAAGCUUUGGGUGACAGAGAUAUUGUUGUUGUAAAGAAGUCAGGGCAGUUGCAGCGCAUUAGUGAACUGCAUCCUUCUUAUCUUCCACUUCAGUAUCCACUUUUGUUUCCUUACGGGGAGGAUGGUUAUAAAGAAGAUAUUGGAUUUUCUAGAAAUUCUUCUUCUUCGUCGACCCAUAGGAAAAGUAUUAGUCCUAAAGAAUUUUUUGCGUUUCGCUUACAUGAAAGAACUUCUGAGUAUUCUAUUCUUUUAUUUGGAAGGAGAUUGUUUCAACAGUUUGUCGUUGAUGCCUAUACGAUGAUUGAGACCGGUCGUCUUACUUUUGUACGAACCCAUCAGAAAAGGUUGCGGGCUGAAUUGUAUAGUGGUUUAGCGGAAGCUGUUCUUCGUGGUGAGACGGAUGGUUCAAGGCAUGGGAAACGAAUUAUCUUGCCUUCCAGUUUUGUUGGUGGAGCUCGAUAUAUGGUUCAGAAUUAUCAAGAUGCUAUGGCGAUCUAUGAUCGUCCAGAUAUUAUUCGUAGGAUCUUUAAAGUCAAGUUGGAUAAUUUGAUAAGAGAUCUUAAGAGUAAAAAAGUAUUUGGAGCUGUGAAAGCAGUUGUGUACACGGUUGAGUUUCAGAAACGUGGAUUGCCUCAUGCCCAUAUUUUGUUGUUUUUAAGCAAUGAGGACAAACAUCCUAAGCCUCAACGCAUUGAUGAGAUAAUUUCAGCUGAACUUCCCGACCAAGUAACUGAUCCUCACUAUCAUGAGUAUGUUAAAGAAUUCAUGACGCAUGGGCCGUGUGGUGUUGUUCGAAAAUCAUCUCCUUGCAUGCUCAACGGACGUUGCUCGAAAUAUUUUCCCAAGAAAUAUCUCGCGGCCACAAACAUUGAUGAUGAUGGCUAUCCUGCUUAUAGACGUAGAGAUAAUGGUCGUGUUGUUAUGAAGGAUGGUGUGCCCUUAGAUAAUAGAUAUGUUGUUCCACACAAUCGUUUUCUUCUUAUGAAGUAUAGCGGUCAUGUCAACGUUGAGUGGUGCAAUCAGUCGCAAUCUAUUAAGUAUUUGUUUAAGUAUAUAAAUAAGGGUUAUGACCGUGUGACAACUUCUUUUUUCCAAUCUGGUGCGGAUGGUGCUGAACGAUGUAUUGAUGAAGUAAGUUUGUACUACGAUUGUAGGUAUAUAUCGUCUUGUGAAGCUGCUUGGAGAAUAUUUGGAUUUGAAAUUCAAUACAAGGAUCCUCCUGUUGAAAGAUUGAGUUUUCAUCUUCCAGAGCAACAACAUGUUAUUUUUGAUGAAGCUGAUGACUUGGAAACUGUUUUGAAUCGUAAGACAAUUCAUGAAAGUAAGUUCUUGGCUUGGAUGGAAGCAAAUAAGAUAUAUUCCCAAGGUAGGGAUCUCACUUAUGGUGAAUUUCCGACGAAGUUUGUAUGGAAGAAGAAUCACUGGGAACCUAGGAAACAAAGAUAUUCGAUUGGAAGGUUGUUUUAUGUUGCUCCUGGUUCUGGUGAUAUGUAUUAUCUCAGAUGUUUGUUGAAUAUUGUUAAAGGAGCUUCUUCAUAUGAAGACAUCACAUGUGUUAAUGGUGUUCAGUAUGAUACAUUUAGAGAUGCUUGCUUUGCUUUAGGAUUGUUGGAUGAUGAUAAGGAAUAUGUUGAUGGAAUUGUAGAGGCUUCUUUUUGGGCCUCAGCUCACUCUUUGAGAUUGCUCUUUGUGAGUUUGUUAACAUCGGAAUCUAUUUCACGCCCGGACUUUGUUUGGCGAAGUUGUUGGAAAUAUUUGUCUGAAGAUGUUCUUUAUAACCGCCGGAAAUUAACAAAUUAUCCUGGUAUGAUCUUGAGUGAUGAUGAAAUUCAGAAUUUUGCAUUGGCAGAGAUUGAGAAAUUGUUGCAGAAUCUUGGCAAAACUUUGCGUGAUUUCCAUGGUUUGCCGUAUCCUGAUAAUCAGUAUUUUGAAUCAAGUGAAAAUAGACUGAUUAUUGAUGAGUUGUGUUAUGAUCGUGAAUGUUUAGCAAGGGAAUAUUUGGAAUUUAUCUCCAAAUUCACUGAUGAACAACUUUGUGUGCAUGACACUAUAAUGUCGUCUGUGCAUUCUAAUGAUGGAGGAAUAUUUUUUGUUUAUGGCUAUGGAGGUACUGGGAAAACGUUCAUUUGGAGAUCAUUGUCUGCAGGGAUUCGUUCGAAGGGCGAUAUUGUUUUAAAUGUAGCGUCCAGUGGCAUAGCUUCUUUAUUAUUGCCUGGUGGUAGAACAGCUCAUUCUCGGUUUAAAAUUCCCAUUAAUGUGAAUGAAGAUUCUAUGUGCAAUAUUAAACCAGGCGGUGCACUUGCUGAGUUGAUUGUGAGAGCUAAGCUUAUUAUAUGGGAUGAAGCUCCGAUGAUUCAUAAACAUUGCAUAGAAGCCGUGGAUAGAACUUUAAGAGAUAUUAUGCGUGUAUGCAAUGAGGUAAAUAGUAACAAACCGUUUGGUGGUAAAACUGUUGUUUUUGGUGGUGACUUUAGACAAAUCUUACCAGUUGUUCCUAAAGGCAGUCGUCAAGAUGUUGUGAAUGCUACCAUUAACUCAUCUUAUCUUUGGAAGAGUUGCACAGUUUUAAGGCUGACCAAAAAUAUGAGGCUUUUGAAUGUUGAAAAUGUUGAUGAAGCCUCUAAAUUAAAGGAAUUUUCCUCUUGGGUUGCUUCUAUUGGAGAUGGUGUUAUUGGUGGUCCAAAUGAUGGUGAAGUGUGUAUUCAACUUCCUAGAGACAUUGUUUUGUCAAAUUCUGGUGAUCCUCUUAGAACCAUUGUUUCAUAUGUCUAUCCUUCUUACAUGAAUCCUGAAGAAUUGAUUAGUUGUUUGCAUGGUCGUGCUAUACUUGCUCCUACUUUGGAGGUAGUUGACGAGGUUAACCAAUUCAUGAUUUCUUUGGAUCAGUCUCAAGGUCGAGUUUACUUUAGUUCUGAUAGUAUUUCAAACUCUGACUCCACAUCAAAUGAUCUUGCUGAGAUACAGUCUGUUGAGUUUUUAAAUAAUUUGAAGUGUUCUGGUACACCUAACCAUGAAUUGUUGCUGAAAGUUGGUACUCCUGUGAUGUUGUUGAGGAACAUAGACAUGUCAAACGGGUUGUGUAAUGGCACAAGAUUGAUAAUUACACGAUUAGGUGAUUAUGUGUUAGAGGGACAGUUCCAAAGAAGACAAUUUCCUUUGGCUGUGUCGUAUGCAAUGACCAUUAACAAGAGUCAGGGUCAAUCACUCUCUCAUGUUGGAUUAUUUUUGAGAAAACCUGUUUUCAAUCAUGGACAGCUGUAUGUUGCUAUAUCAAGAGUCACAAGUCGUGAAGGUUUGAAGAUUUUGGUGUGUAAAGAUGAAGAAGAUGAAGGCAAUGGUGAUUCUACUGUUAACAUUGUUUAUAAAGAAGUUUUUCAAAACUUAUGA